GGCACAUGCACGUUCCCUCCCCCUAAACACCCUGGAACCGGUUUCAUAUUUUUCACCAAUUGGAGACACCACCGAUCCGAUCCGUGUUUGUUUUGUGUUGAGCUGUUGACGAGAAAUAAUAAGAAGAAUAAUACAUUGAAGACCACAAUCUGGCGCCUUUACUUGGCAUGCCCUGCUCGAACUCGGGUGAGCCCCACGCCGUCAUAGGUUAAAGCUGAUCCCCCUCCCCGCAUAACGCACCAGAAAGUCGAUACAAGCCGGACAGACCCUGAAAAGGCGGCCACCAGUGGUUAUUUGUGAUCGUCGAAUCCACUAGCCGUACUACACCUCAAACUCAUGCCACCCCAUCUUUUGUCUCCCGGGCCUUAACUUUCUUUCUAUACUCUCGGACGAUCAAGCAUGUGGCGCGUCGGUUUUAUAGCAGCCCAUUAAUACCUUUUCCCUGCAUCUUGGACCCAGUGUCGACUUUUUGGGUGUACCGGUUUCUUCAGAUCACUUCGCAGCAAUCUUACAAAUCACCACACUGACCCAACCCUCUUCUCAUUCACGAACCAUUUAUCUCUUUGCUUACCAUCAAACUUCUGAACGCUGAAACGGGUUGAUUUUGGCUGCUCCAGCCUGCCAUUUAGGCGGCGGCGGCGGCUGCUCAACGCGGCACCGUCCCUACGUCCUGUCCAUCUCACUUUACCAAUAACCUAUAUAAUUAGUGUAGUCGGCGUAUCCCUCGCCAUCAAUGCAGAGCUUUGAAGGAAGUGGUGGUAGUGAUGGCGGGCAGGACAAGAGCCCCUUGAGCUCCAUGCAGUUCCUCAAGGCUCUUACUGACAAAAGAACAAAAUCCGAUGCUCCUGCACCAAAACGUCGAGGCCCAAAGCCAGAUAGCAAGCCUGCCCUAACAAGGCGUCAAGAACUCAAUAGACAGGCCCAGCGAACCCACCGAGAGAGGAAAGAAUUAUACAUCAAGGCUCUCGAGGACGAGGUGUUGCGUUUGAAGGAAACUUACAGCAACGUAUCUCAAGCGAAAGACAAUCUUUCAAACGAGAACCGGCAGCUCAAGCAACUACUAGCACAGCAUGGCAUUUCAUUUGGUGGCACCAUAGGGUUUGCAAGCGGCCUGAUGGAUGACGGCAGCAUCGAAUAUGCAUCUUCGAGCGCGACUGGGAGUGGCUAUGGCGGAGGACCAGCCUCAUCCCACACAAGUGCCUUCACGCCCCCGCCACUUUCUGCCCAUACAGCAAACAGUCAACGGUAUAGCCGGACUCCUACAGGACACGAAAGUCUAUCGCCACAUUCUGGCGGCUACCACCAGCAGCCAAACGCUCAGCUUUACCCAAGACAUGCUGCACAGCCAUCGAACAAUGCGGGAGUGGACUAUGAGCAGGCAGGGAUAGACUUUGUCUUAGCGUACGAGAACCCCCACGAGAAAAGUCCAUCAUCUUGAAAGCAAAGCCCACAAGAAAGUUCUCACGUGCUGCCUUGCUAUGGCCACUUGGUAAACUUUCUUCGAUCGACAAGUUCGCGAUCGGUUCUUGGCCGCUCGAGUGGCGUGUAGGCAGCGCCCAAACACGUACGCACAAAUACACACAUCGACACUACGCGAAGCCGUGGGGUGUAAGAGAGUGUUGUUUCCAUCUCCAUAACAACACAGCUGGAAAUCGUCAUGCAGAGAAUAAACCUGGGGGUUUGGAUUAUGGGUACCAAUGACAUAGAUUGCUGACUUGAUGCCGAAAGAAAAAACCCCACGUGGAAACUGCAGUCUUGAGAAGCCAUGUAUGGAUCACCUGCCCUGGCUGCUAGAACGCGGUACCGAGACAGGAGGUGAAGCUUGUGGCCAUGCUCUGAUGGCAUCGUGUCCGCCCGAGCCAUUUCCCGAGCUGACUUCUGACAUACCUUUUGGUUACUCGAACGUCAAAAACGGAGAGAUCGACUCGGGCCAGCGGACAUGGGAGCUGUCCAAGGGCGACCUGAACACGUUGCUGAAUUUGAGCAAACGGCUCAACCUGGACGGAGAAAUUACGCCUGUUAUGGCCUGGGGAAUGGUUCUUGCUCAUCCUCGUCUCGGAGAGAUGAGUCCCAAGGACUUUAAGAAGCUGACUGAAGAGCUAUGUAGCAAGGUUCGCUGCUAUGGCUUUGGCGCGGUGAUGGAGGAGUUUGAGGCUCGCGACGCAUUAGAGAAUGUUUUCUCGACCAAGCCCGAUGCUUGUCACCAAUCAUACGGCAGAGAAUACGUUAGUAGACGCUGAUUUGAGUGACUUCGGGGGCUCUCAUGUAGCUUCUGCACAUAUUUGUCUUUUCUUCAAUAUCAAGAAUAAGUCAUGGCGAUAUGAUAUUUGAUAGCUCUUGAGUCGUUUGUCCAGUAUAUCAAGUGUACCAUUGUUAGUAAGAAACGGGCUGGGGCUUAUGAGAUUAUCUAAUAGUUAGAUGGGAAUAUGUAGUUUACUUGUCUACCU